AUAUUAAUUAUUAUACUGAUGAUGAUAUGUACUUGGAAUCUAUGGAGUCAAACAUUCAAGAAAUUAGUGAGCAAAUUCUUGAUCAAAAUACUAAUGUAGACAAAGUAGGACUUAUGGCAACUGUGUUAGAUUCAAGAUUAAAGAGUAUGAAUUUAUGGCCAGAAGAAAUUCGAGAACAAGCUAUCAUUGAAUUACACAAUGAAUUUCAAGAUUUUAUUACUAUCAACAUAGAAAAUUAUAUAAGAUCUACCAAUACAACUAUGUGUUUAACUCAUAGUAUUCAUUUAAUUAGUAGUUAA